CUGGGGGGGGGGGGGUCGCGAACAGAAAACGCCCACAGUUCAAGCCCAGACUGAGGCGAUCUGAGAAGCGACUGCGGCCGUACUUCCCCGUCCAUGUCAGAAAACGUCUUCUAGGGUUUAGGGCUCCCACGGAAUGGGUCAGAGGCUGCAAAAAAUGUCUCAUCGCCCCCCCCCCCCCCCCCCCCCCCCCCGGUGUAAGCGCAGCCCCAGGCGGGACCUGGAGCGGUUCCUUUUUAUUAAAACGUGUCUCAAUUCAAAUGGGGCGAAGCACAGAACGCGCAGCUCUCCGCCGUGCGCGGCGGCCCCGCGGGUUUCCGUGUGUCUGCGCGGUGUGGCCGUCCUGGGGCGCGGGGCUGCGGCACCUUCUCCGGGACCCCUGCGGGGCCGCCCGGGUGCGUGGACGGCGGGUCCGGCCCUUCCCGGCCGUGUCGCCCGCUGGGCUGGCGGCUGGCGCAGGUCUCCAGCCCUCGGAGGGUGGCCCGGGGGCUCCGCCCACGGCCUCUGGCGACAGCGGAGGGGCGCGGCGUGGAAACCCGCCUGUGCCCUUCCUGCCGGGGAAACGUGCCGGGCCGGGCUCCCCCGAGGAGCGCGCCCGAGGGGCGUCGGGUCACCCCUGCGGGCACAGGGCCCGACCGUCCCGCCCCAGCCAGAAAGGCGUCCACUCCCGGCUCGCGCGUUUGUGACAAGUGCGUUUAUUCGCGUUAGAAAUACAAACGUAGGAAUCUGAAUACAAAUACAGGGGGCGGCCCAGCCCGAGGCCGAAGCGGGGCGCGGGGCCGCCCUGUGGCCAAGGCACGUGGGGCGCAGGUGCACCCUCAUUUCACGGGGACAGCGGGAGACACCUGGGGACCCCGGGAGCCGGGGCCUCGAACCCCUCGCGUGGCCACGACACCGGCCACGUGCUCAGGGCGGGGCCUCCCUCGGCCGCCCGUCCGCACCCGCCUCGCGAUGCUUCCAAAGUGCCUCAGAUUCUGGAAUCUUGGGGCGUUACCUGGACGACUGCGGAGCGGGGCCGCGUCCAUCCAUCCCUCCUGCCCCUCCCCGUGACCCGCCAACGCGACUUCCCAGACAAGGGGGGGGCGGCGGCUGUUGCCAACGAAGUCCUGAAAACUGCUUUUGGCUUCUAGGAUCAACUUGACCAGAAUGCACGAAUGACCGAGGAGUCGCCCAGGGCUGCACCCAGGUCUCAGCAGCCAGCUCCGGGCCCUGGGAAGGAGGAAGCCUCCUGCGGACGCCAGAGGGACUCCGGAUCAGCUCCCAAGACAACCCUGGAUGUACAUGGACCGGUGGGCGCAGCAGGCUGGAUGAGGGCGGCCUGGGUCUGCCAAGGCUAGAUAGAUGAGUGGGUGCCCUGAUCUCCCCAUCAGAGUGGCUGAACCACUGCUC